CCAGCAUAUCCAUCCCUCCCCGUCCUCUCCCUCCGUCUCUCUGCUUGAGAAGGUAAGGCCGUAACAAAGGACGGACAGAGAAGAAAGAGUGAUAUCGCCGCAUCGAUUUAUGCGGCAAUAACUUACAAGAGGAAGAGGAUAAGCGACUCCCCCCAUCGCCAUGACCUCUAUCUCGGCUUCCUCUCCGCCUCCCCCUCAUCUCCUCCGCCGUAGCAGUGCCUGUGCCCGCCCCUCCUCCUCGUUCCGGCUUAUCCCCUUCCCGCCCCUCCCCGCCCCACUCCCCCUCGCUUGCGUCGCCAGCUCCGAGGGAGGGAAGGUCAAGAGCCAUGCCGCCGACAAAGAUCCGACCCUACUCAGACGACCCUUGACCUCCUCCCCCUCGCCGGAAAAUGGCCGGGACUCCACCUUUGACUCGCCCGCGGAGGCCCGGGGAAGAAACGGGCGGCGAAAGGACGAGGAGUGGGUGGACUGGGAGGAUUUGAUCUUGCAGGACACCGUGCCCCUGGUCGGAUUUGUCAGGAUGAUCCUCCACUCUGGAAAAUAUGAGAGUGGUGACAGACUCAGUCCAGAACAUGAGAAGGCGAUUCUAGAAAGGUUGCUUCCGUACCAUCCAGAGUUUGAAAAGAAGAUAGGAUGCGGAAUUGAUUAUAUCACGAUAGGGUUUCAUCCAGAUUUUGAAAACUCUCGCUGUUUGUUCAUCGUACGGAAGGAUGGGGAGUUGGAAGAUUUCUCAUAUUGGAAGUGCAUAAAAGGUUUUAUAAGGAAGAAUUAUCCGCUGUACGCAGAUACCUUCAUCCUGAGGCAUUUCCGAAAGCGUAAAUAUAAUGAAUAAAGUAAAGGAAGCUUUUCCUCUGCAUGUCAAUCUUAAUACGCCUGAUGUAUUUCAAAGUUCUUUACUGUAGUGAUUCGUGUAUCUAAUUGUCUUCACCGGCAAAUAUUUUAAUUUUUUCUUUUAUUCUGGUUGAAA